AUGACUGUAGCUGGCUCAAGCAGCUACCUUUUCACAGUGUGGGCGAUGAGAAGACUUUGUGCUUUCCCAAAUAGGUUCAAACUAUCAUAUUGCGUUUGUUAUGGCCGUUCCUAUGCAGGAUCAGCUAGCGGCCAGUCUAUGCUGCACAGUCAGCAACUCCAAUUCUUCUUGCAGGGUGCCCGUACUGCCCGCUUGACAGAUCGUGCUGUGUGCACGAUUGCCGGGUUAGCCGUGGGCAUCAGCCUUUUAUCCUUGUUUGAAGGCAGCCGAGAGAGACUGAAUCGACUACGGGCACUGUCUGAGAAGCAAGAUAUGCAGCUUCAGCGACAACUCCGGGAGCUGCGGUCCUGUAGCAUGCCGUUGGACCUGGCAGAGACGAGUACCUUGAUCCACAAGCUGUUCUGGAAGGACUGCCAGACUGACAUUCGUGAGGCAUAUUGCUUCCCUAGUGAUCAGCCCUUGGGUUCUGGAGCCUAUGGCGUGGUCUGGCUUGCCAAGCAUCGGAGGACAGGUAUCAAGCGGGCUGUGAAGCGAAUCGACAAGCGCUGGCUCAGACCUGGUGAGAUCGAGGCUUGGAAAAAGAUGGAUCAUCCGCAUGUAUGUCGACUAGUUGAGUACUUUGAAAGUCCACACUACUUGUGGCUCGUCACGGAGCUCUGCCAUGGUGAGGAGCUUUGCGAACGGAUCAUCUCGGAGCAGCGCGGUUUGCCGGAAACGGAGGUGGCAAAAUUCAUGGAGCAGAUGCUGAGGGCCACACUGCAUUGUCACCAAAGGGGGAUGCUCCACCGAGAUUUGAAACCAGAGAAUUUUCUCUUCACAGGCGCUGAUUGCGAAGACUUGAAGCUGAUUGACUUUGGCUUCGCAGUUCAGGAUGGUACUUGGUCCGCAGAGAGCAAGUACGAUGGAACACUGCUGUACGCUUCUCCGCAGCAGUUGAAGGGUGCUCACACAGCCAAGAGUGACGAUGUGUGGUCUUUAGGGGUCAUUUUCCACAUCUUGCUGACGGGCCAAUUCCCUUUCUCCACCAGUGAGGAUGCCAUCUUCAAGGAGAUGAGCGAGCGUGGAGUUCUUCAAAAGGAUCUCGAGGGGCACUUGGAGGGCCUCAGCUGCUCUAUUGAAGCUGCUGACUUGCUGCAUCAGCUGUUGACAUGGGAUGCAUCUGGACGGAUCAGUCUCGAGGCAGCACUGGAGCAUCCGUUCCUGGCUGUUGCUGGAACACCUCCGUCCCUGUCUGCUCAGGAUGUGAUCUUACGCCUAGACCACUUUGUCGAUAGUUGUCGCUUGAAACAGCUGGCGCAGACAGCAAUUGCUCACUUGCUGGGCGAAAGCCGAAAGGAUGGAGCUCUAGCCAGAGCCACUUUUGUUGAGCUGGAGCGCCUGGGAGAUGGAGAGGUGACGAUCACUUCUUUGCGCCACUUCUUGCAGAUGCAUGGAAUGCAACCUGCUGCCGGCUGGUUCUCCAAAGUUGAGCGACUGCUGGGAGAGAACGGAUGCAUUGGAUACACCAGAUUCUUAGCAGCAGCCUUGGAUGAUUCUGGCAUCCAAGGAGAUCAACGUGUGAAGAGUAUGGUUUUUGAUCUCCUGGAUUCCGAUGGAGACGGACUGAUCUCUGUAGAAGACUUGAGAUCCGGAUUGAAUCUGAGCCUAGAUGAUAGCACCCAAGUGAUUUCGGAGGCUCUUGCCGAUCUUGGUCUGUCAGGGCAGCAGGCCGGUGGAAAAUCAAUGAGUUUUCACGGUAGAAUUUAG